GAUCGGCGCGCGCUGCAAGAUCCAGAUUGAGGACAUGAAUCUGAAGAGCUUGCACAGGCCAUACAAAGGCCACAUUCAAAGGAUUGACGAGAUGGAACGCAAAUUGCGCUUCGUCGAAGAAGAGCUUCGACGAAUUGCAGGUGUACACAUCAGCAAGUUCGGAAUCGAUUCAUUCCUGGAGCACUCCCAUGAGUACAAGCUGGAACAUGUCGAGGUGAACAUUGCUCAGGUGUACAGCUCUUUCGCCGGCUUGAAAGCCAGCAGUGCAGAGCUCAUUCGGAGGCGAAACGAGGCUUUGGAAGAAAGCCAUGUGAUGCAGGUGGCUGCCGCUCAGAUAGGGCCGGCCAUUGCAGAGGAAGGUCGGAUAUCUCCGGGCGAGGAUCCCUUCGUCGUUGGGGCAUCCCGUCGCCUUCGCGAUGACUCCCCCAGUCCGCUCUUCUAUGAUUCAAUGCUGUCCGCUGUUGCUGGGGUACUGCCUGUGGAGAUCCAGGACCGGUUUGCUCGAGCUCUCUUCCGCGCAAGCAGAGGGAACGCCUUCACGCACUUCCAGCCGAUUGCAGAGCCCAUGCCGGAUGUGACUGGGGGUCAGCCAGUUGCGAAGUCAGUGUUUGUCAUCUACUUUCAAGAUCAAGGAGGAACCGGAUCUUCAUCUGCGAUGCGCGAGAAGAUCAACAAACUUUGCAACAGCUUCGCCCUGGCACUCUAUCCCUGGCCUCGCAGUAUGGCGGCCGCAAAGCAGCGUCGUGCGCAGCUGCAAGAGCAGCUCCAGGAUCAGUCCCGCCUACUGCAAGAGCACGAGCUGUUCCUUCAAGACGAGGCCAGGGCCAUCCUCCUGGCACCACGGCCGGGUAGCAGCUCUCUUUUGGAGGAGUGGCGGUUCUUCUGCGCGAAGGAGAAAGCCAUCUACACCAUUCUGAACUGCUUCGAGGGAAACAACAGCCUGCGAGCCAGCUGCUGGUAUGCAUGCUGCGAGGAAGACAGCAUUCGAUCUCUGCUUACGACCGCUCCGACUUUCGCGAUGGAUUUCGCAAGCGCAAGUGCUAUGCUGCUUCCUGACAGAGGACAGACAGGCAAGACGGCCCCAACCUACAACAAAGCCAAUGCAUUCACUGGAAUAUUCCAAGAACUGGUGGACACAUAUGGUGUCCCGCACUACCGCGAAGCCAACCCUGCUCUGUUGACAACCGUGACAUUCCCCUUCCUGUUUGGCGUGAUGUAUGGUGACGUCGGGCACGGUCUGAUCUUGCUCUCGAUUGCAAUGUGGACCUUCCGGUCGCGAACCGCAGAAAGCCUACCUAACGUUUUCCGAGCACGAUAUCUGGUGCUGCUGAUGGGUAUUUUCUCGGUGUACUGUGGUCUACUAUACAAUGAUUUCUUCAGCGUCGGCUUGUGCUUCUUCCCAUCUCGCUGGUCGAUGCCGGAGGGGAGGCCAGGAGCAGAGCAGAAGCUGGAGCCGCUUUACGACACCCGGAACACGGGAGGCAGAGGACCGUACCCUUUUGGAGUGGAUCCUGCCUGGCAUGGGGCGCAGAAUGAGUUGGUGUACAUGAACUCGCUGAAGAUGAAGAUUUCGGUGCUUCUCGGUGUGGCACAGAUGAUGGCCGGCUUGCUGCUGCGAACGGGUAAUGCCAUCUACCAGGGCUGCAAGCUGGACCUCCUUUGCGAGUGUCUGCCGAUGAUCCUCUUCAUGCUCGGGCUGUUCGGCUACAUGGACUAUAUGAUCUUGUACAAGUGGGUCACCCCGAUGGACCCAGCGCCGAGCAUCAUCAACUCCAUGAUUGCCAUGGCAUCUUUCGCCGAUGAUCCAAACGGCAUGUUCCACGAGGCGAUCUCCCGAGUAUUGAUGGUGACCUGCCUUCUCGCAGUUCCGGUUAUGUUGGUGCCCAAGCCCAUCUAUCUCUGGGUCAAACACCGGCAGCGGCAAGAAGCAGCGGAGGAGCAGUGCAGACGCCCGGCUGCUGGACUGCAAGCUAGCAAGAAGUCUGAUUGUUGUACCUUUGCAUGUGUGGAGGUGUGUGAGAGAAGAGGCUUGAGCACAUUGGUUCGAGUACUUACUUGGACCAGCAGAUUCGAGCAAGACACACACGUUGCCUUCUUCAUAUGA